AUGAUUGAGUUCAAGAGCAAGGGCAUCAUUCAGUCGUUUGAGUCCGGUUUCCAGGCUGCGUUGCAAAGAUUGAUAGAGCUCGUAUCUGGAGAUGAGAGUCGGACUCUCGUCGAUUUGCAAGAGUCAAAUGGUCAAACGGUUCAACAAGAUGAAGUGGUUCAACAUGCUUAUGACAUUCCGCGGCCACAAGAAGGCUCCACCGACCUUGCUACAGCCCGUGAACUUAUGGGCGAGACUUUUGAGCUACUGGGCUGCGAGGAAUCCGGAAAUAUUGGAUACCUCAAUCGUGCUAUCUCGGAGUCGUUCGUGGACCUCCCCGAAGAAAAGAAAUCCGACCUUUUGCAUAUGCUUGGCAAGAUCGCAUGUGCAAUGGCUGGAAGCUUAUCAAGCCCAAGUAAGGCUGCUUCGAAAAGCUCACUAUCUUGCCGUGUGUGUGAAAGUGAGAAAAGAGCGCAUGGCUCUGAGCCUGCCUCGAAGUGCCAUGACGUUCAUGAGCUAUGUGGGAUCUUCACCUUCGUUCUACCCAGACUCACACGCGCUUCCAGUCUUCGAAUAACAACAAUGAACGCCUUGCGAAGGCUAUUGAUCCACGCUCCUCCCGAGUCUUCUUACCUGCAGUUGAAAUCCUCUGUUUUCGGCGACUUGUGUUUACACUCGCUUCGAAGUUCGAUUAGAGAACUAAGGAUAGUCACUGGGCACCUAGUAAUCUCUUUUGUUCAAAAGGAUAUCAACGCUGAAACUCGUCGAAGCAACUUUGUCGUCAUACUAGAAUGGCUGCGGAGCCUCUCUGAGAAGCAAGAACUCCCGUUGCAUGAGACUUGCAUCUUGACCCUAUGUCAUAUUGCAAAGGUUUCCGACGAUGAGGAGAUGAAUAUCAUUCUCCUUCGUCUACUGGAGUACUUGGGCCAUCCAAAUCCAUUUAUUUGCGCAGUAGCGUACACUGAGCUUUCUAAACUCGCUCAGCAUCUCUCUGUUACUCCUGCUGGUUUGUUCCGGCCUUUCUGGAGAACAUUAUCGAUAACGGUGGUGAAAAAUUUCCAGUCCCGUCCUCACAUGGCCGAGCAACUCUGUGAUCUACUGGGGAUGAAUGUAGAUGAUCUUUUAAGAUUAACUGAAGUUCACAUCCUGCCGUAUCUUGUUCUCACUCGAAAACGAGAACUCGUUACGAGGGUUGGUGCAGCAUACAAGGAUGUCAAAACGCCUUUCGACAUUUGCUCCGAGAAGAACAACCUUGCAGCGAUUCUUGCCUUUUUGAUGAGUCAACCAUGGUCGGACCCGGAAGGUAUGAUAAUGUCUGUUCUCUCUGAUAUUGACUCCGCCUUUGGAGGACGGACUUUGGCGGAGCUGUUUCAUCGAGCUCUUCACCUGUUGGCAGCCUUAGUUCCCCGCAAAUCUACUGCCACAUCGAAGAAGGCCAAUUUGCUAUGCCAUUUCAUCGAGGAGCAUGUUCUGGGUAUAAUCACGCAGUUCGCGCAUGCAAUCAACGACUUUCAAAUAAGACAGCCUCUAAUUGAAAAGAGGCGAAAUAUUCUAGCCAUUGGUGAAAUGAUCAAGGUUGCUCAUGGCCAUAUCAGCAGCGCAUUACCGCAGAUAUGCGCGUGCCUGCGUUCCGCACUUGGUAUCGAAGAGCUCUGUGAUCAUGCCUUUUCAGCCUGGAGUGUGUUGGUCAGCUCUCUGCACGAAGAAGAGGUCGAGCCACUCAUCGAUCAAACAUUGUCAAUUGUGAUCAGAUACUGGAGCGUUUUCAACGAUCAGAGCAGGAAAACCGCCCACGAAUUGGUUGGGUAUAUUCUCAAAAGCCACAGCGAACUUGUGCACGGCAAUUUCAGCACCAUCCCCUCAUUGGCUUCAAUUCCUGCACUCUCUGCACUUGAAAACGAGAUCAGUAAGGUGAAAGGGAAGAUGGAUGUUCGAAGUCAACUUUCAGCUUUUGGACGUCGCUGCCAAAGUGAGAAUGCCGCUGUGGUUGAACAGGCUUUGAGAGAGCUUUUGCCUUGUCUUUCAAGGCAUGAAGAAUUCUUGCAUGAGUCCGUGCUCAGUGAGCAGCCUGACCCAGUUGUUGCACAGUUAACACGAUCCUUGCUGGAUUGCUGUGUCAAAUUCAAUGCAGGUUGCGACAGCAUAACACUCCUUUCUGCUCAAUGCCUGGGCCUUGUAGGCUGUCUGGAUCCAAAUCGAGUUGAUCCGGUCAAAGAUAAAAAGGAUAUUCUCGUGUUAUCAAACUUCGACAGAAUGGAAGAGACCUUUGAUUUCGUACUUUUUUUCCUUCAACAUGUGCUGGUUCAAGCCUUCCUGUCAGCCUCCAAUACGAGGGCCCAAGGUUUCCUUGCCUACGCUAUGCAGAACCUGCUCAGACUCUGCAACCUCGAUUCGGCCGUCACCCAGCGCUCCCGAGACAUUCAAGCAGACGAAAAGUACCGUCGUUGGUCAGAAUUACCUGAGACUGUGCGCAAUACUUUGACGCCCUUUCUCACGUCUAAGUAUACUGUCACCGUUGGUGCCAUAAGAUCGAAUUGCAAGUUCCCGAUAUUUUCAACAGAGCUGACACAUGGCGACUGGUUGCGAAUAUUUGUGCAGGAUCUGCUGCAAAGAGGAAGCGGUGACAACGCGCAGCUUAUUUUUAGUGUUUGCAGUCGUAUUGUAAAGGGUCAAGACAUUUCAAUCGCCAGCUUUCUUCUACCAUUCGCCGUACUGAACCGCAUAGUUGGUGGAACCCAGGAAGAGAGGCUGGACUUGCAGGAUGAGCUCACAACCAUACUCUCCCAUCAACUUCCUGAAGCAAGCAAUCGGGUUCAUGAAGCCAUCAUACUAUGCAGUCAGAGCGUCUUUGAAAUCUUGGACUAUCUUUCAAGGUGGCUGCAGGGGAAAAAAAAGCUCCUCAACAGCCUCAAGAAUCAUGCAUCCCAUACCGGCCGUUCUCACAAAGAUUCUCAUGGAGAUUCAUUAUCCGAAACAUAUUCAUCUCAGGUCAAAGCUGUGGAAACCUUCUUGACCUCGAUACCUCCAGAAGUGAUAUCCAAAAGAGCGGUCGAAUGCAAAUCAUUUUCCAGGGCCUUAUUCCAUUGGGAACAAUAUAUCCGCCGGUUCAAAAAUCAAUCCGACAAAAACGAGCACACAAGCGCUGAGCUUCUCUACCAACAUCUUCAGGUUAUUUACAGUCAAAUCGAUGAGCCCGAUGGUAUUGAGGGCAUUUCAACUCAUUUGCACAUGCUGAAAAUUGACCAACAGGUCCUCGAACACCGCAAAGCAGGCAGAUGGGUUACUGCGCAAAGUUGGUACGAACUGCAAGUCGAAAAAGAACCUGACAACGUUGAUGCACAGUGGAAUCUUCUUACGUGUCUCCGAGAGUCAGGGCAACAAGAUGCCAUUAUUGCUAGAUUUGACACGCUCGACUCAGCAGGCUCAACCUCCAGAUUUCUUCCCUUCGCGGUGGAAGCGUCCUGGAUCACAGGAAAUUGGGAUAAGUUACGCAGUUACCUCCAAAUGCGCUCACCGGAAAUUACUGGGGACUUCAAUAUCGGGGUCGGAUCGGCUCUUUGUGCUCUUCGACUUGGGAACAAGGCUGAAUUCCGUAACAUCAUUCGUGAUCUGCGGCUCAGUGUCGCAAAAUCGCUGACUGUGAACUCUGUCACUUCCCUACAAUCUUGCCAUGACAGCAUCCUCAAAAUGCACGCCUUGACUGAAAUGGAACUUAUUUCCGAGUGCGCCGGCAGCGAAAACCGCUCACUCGCUUGUAUACACGAUGUACUGAAUCGGCGGCUUGAAGUCCUUGGGGGAUACAUAGCUGACAAGCAGUACCUGCUUGGCUUGAGAAGGGCCACAAUGGAAUUGACGCAUGGAUUCAUGGAAUCUGAUAUCGCUGCUUCUUGGCUUACUAGUGCACGUCUCUCGCGAAAGGGCAAUUACACCAAUCAGGCCUAUCACUCAAUGCUUCGUGCAGCUCGCUUGAAAGAUAGGUCAGCUACUAUUGAACACGCCCGUCUACUUUGGAAAGAUGGCCAUCAUCGAAAGGCCAUACAAACGUUAGAAGGUGCAAUAGCUGCAAAUGAAUUUGCCUCAGACACGUCCUCAUCCGGUGGAUCGAAAAGCGAAAAGCAACAGAACUUGCUUGCUGCUAGGGCCCAUCUGUUACUAGCUAAAUGGACGGACCGAGCGGGACAGACCCAAUCCGACGUUAUAGUGCAGAGGUACCGAGAAGCGAUCAAACUUCACUCAAGGUGGGAAAAAGCGCACUACUACCUGGGCAAACAUUACAACAAGAUCUUGGAGUCUGAGAAGGCCAAGCCCUUAGGAAAGGAGGCUCAGAUAUACUUAAGUGGCGAAGCCUCGAAACUCGUAAUUGAUAACUAUCUUCGUUCCUUAGCGCACGGGAACAAAUACGUAUUUCAGUCACUUCCCAGAAUUUUGACCCUUUGGCUAGAGCAUGCUGCUACGGUUGAUCAACCUUUCGAUCCGAAAAGGGGUGAUAAUGAGGAGUUCCAGACGCACACAUUGAAUCAACGGAAAAAAACUCUUGAUGAAAUGCACUCACAGCUAAAGAAAUAUCUGAACCGAAUGCCCGCGGCGCUGCUGUUCACGAUUCUUCCUCAAGUGGUUGCUCGGAUCUGCCAUCCCCAUGCUACGGUUUACGAGCUCCUAACCAGGAUUGUAGCGAAAGUAGUCAAUGCUUUUCCACAGCAAGGGCUAUGGACAGUCCUUGCGGUUGUCAAGUCAUCCUCCAAGGAUCGGGCUUCCAGAGGCAUCAAUUGUCUUCAUAAAAUCACUGAGGCAAACAAAAAGUCCAAAACUGAAUUACCUUUGGACAUGCGGGGGAUGAUCAAUCAAGGACAGAAGUUCUCGGAGGAGAUGCUCAAGCUAUGUACGGCACGAAUUGAGGAGAAGGCGCCAAGGAUUCAUCUCGCCCGGCAUCUUGGGUUUAGCCAUAAAGUUACCCCUUGUCGGCUUGUCGUUCCAUUCCAGGCGAUGUUGACUCCAAGUCUUCCGGCCAGCCAUGAGAACGAAUAUUUGAAGGGAUUUAGGGCCUUCCCCAGAGACCCUACGACCAUUGAUGCCGUGCUCGACGAUGCACAAGUCUUGAACUCACUGCAGAAGCCCCGGAAAAUCAGCAUUCGAGGCUCGGAUGGGAAAAUAUACAACGUCCUCUGUAAACCUAAAGAUGAUCUCCGCAAGGACCAGCGCCUGAUGGAAUUCAAUAACACGAUUAACCGCUUUUUAAAGAGGGAUGUGGAGUCCAGCAAACGGCGCAUGUAUAUCAAGACUUACGCCGUUACCCCCCUGAAUGAGGAAUGUGGUCUAAUCGAGUGGGUUGACAAUCUGAGAACAUUGAGAGAGAUCAUUAUCAAACUCCUCAAGGAGAGAGGUAUCAUGCCGAACUAUAACGAAAUCCGACACUAUCUUAACGAAGCAUGCUCAGAGGCCUCAAAACUUCCCUUGUUCACAACAAAAGUGCUGAUGAAAUUCCCUCCAGUUUUGCACGAGUGGUUUGUAGAAAUGUUCCCAGAGACCGGGGCAUGGUUCGCAGCACGGCUCCGUUACACCAGGUCCUGUGCAGUUAUGUCAAUGGUCGGAUACGUCCUGGGAUUGGGAGACCGGCAUGGCGAGAAUAUCCUAUUUGAGGAAGGCACAGGCGGCGUUAUACAUGUUGAUUUCAAUUGCCUUUUUGAUAAGGGCUUAACAUUCGACAAACCCGAAUUGGUCCCAUUCCGUCUCACCCAAAACAUGAUCGAUGCUUUUGGGGCCUAUGGGUAUAAUGGACCGUUCAGAAGGACAUGUGAAAUUAGCCUUCGCCUUCUGCGACAGAACGAGGAUGCACUUAUGACCGUGCUCGAGACUUUCUUACACGAUCCAACUACAGAUUUCAUCGGAAGAAAGCGUCGCACCCAUGCAAGUGUUCCAGAGACCCCCGCUGGGGUGCUCGAGAACGUUCGCAAUAAACUUCGAGGUCUUUUGCCUGGAGAGUCAGUUCCCCUAUCAGUGGAUGGCCAUGUUGAUGAACUUAUUACACAAGCAACGGACAAGAGAAACCUAGCGGCUAUCGCAGCUGUUCGUGAGGGCAACUUCUUGCUUGAUUGGCUGUCCACGCGGGUGUGCGCUUUCCUCCUUGGUGGGGACCUAGACCGCGAAUCUGAGAAAGACGACAAUGAGCGACGUCGUGACCUAGAGCGCGACAAAGAGCGCGGUCGAUAG